AUGGCGCCUCAGCAUCACUACGCGCUGGCGGACCAAGGAGAGCCGGAAGUAGAGACAGUACCGGAGAAGAAUGCGAAUACAACUGCCAAUGCACAUUCGGAGGCUGCUGCACCCCAAAAUGAGGAAGAAUUCUCCGAUGAACCUCCAGCAACCCCUUCGUCGGUCGCAUCCACACUCGAGAAGGGUACAUCCAGCACGUCCCACUGGACUAUUGGCUGGAUGACUCCAAGUUCCAUCAUUACUUGUUUUCUCUUAGCGGCCUCUGUGGCAUCCAUGCAUCUCGGUCUCUUUCAUUGGUUGGACCAGCGUGAAGUCGACAAGACCAUCAAGCAGCCAUAUGUGACAGCCCUGUCAGUUGUAUUUGUGAACGUAUUCCGAACAUUCCUGGCCGCCGCGUUGGGCAUGUCUUUUAUCCAGAUGCUAUGGAAGGACCUGCGCGCCCGUCCGAUGCGCAUCGGCGACAUUGACUCCUUCCUCUCGGUGUUGACGAACCCCCUCUAUCUCGGAAAUGUAAAGCUUCUCGCGGUGGCUCCUAUUCCAUUCGUUUGCGCCUUGAUAUGUUGGUGUAUCCCUAUCGCCAUGAUCUUCCCAGCGGGUGCCCUGACCGUCGAGUCCAAGUCGCUCCAUAUCCUGAAGAAUCAGUCAGUUCCGACAUUUGACCCAGCCUUUAUGGGAAAUGGCACAUUUGGUGGCAUGAUGGCUGAAGCACUGUGGCAGCCCGAUUCUUACGAUGCCUAUGACGGACCUACCUAUAAGCUUACCCGCGUUGCAAGACAGGCCAUGAUGGCCGGGCACUAUCUUCCAUCCUCGUCUCCGUGCGCUACCGAUUGCUCCUACACUAUAAGCAUACCAGGCCCCAGCUUCGAGUGCCGCAACUACUCCUCUCCAGAUCUUUACAGCUGGGUCAACCGGUCCUACCCGCAGACGCACUCGUGGGGGUAUCUCUACAUCGCGUCGCGGGAUAAUGCUGCCCGCAGCAACCGCUCGGAAUAUGCUUUUGACUUCGGUUUGCGCUGGAUGCGGGACGGCGGAUAUCAGAAUCUCACCUGCCGAGCAUACGAGUCGAACUACAACCUGCACAUCACCUACACGGGGAGCCAGCAACACGUCACCACGGAGGUUAACACAAUUCGCCAAUUAAACAGCUCGUAUAUUUACGACAAUGGUGGCAUAUAUCCUCGGACUGGGUCUCUGGACGCGCGAAUCAAUACAACCACGAUGGGAGAAACCGGAGGCAACGUUAUCGACAUCUUCCGCCGGGCGAACCUAGCCGCUGUCCAAGACACAGUUGUGUACGCACUCUCAGGAUAUAUUGACAUGCUCAUCCUCCACAGCCAGCCAUCAGCCAACACCAUCAUCUCCCUGACAGAACUAUCCUCCGGUCCUGCAAGCACACCAAGCUUCAACAUUACGAGCGCGUCAAUGCAAGACCUACUACAAAACAUUACAAUCUCCCUUCUGACUAUGAAUCAAACCACCACUGAGGUUACCGUUAUGAACAAUGUGACCGUGAACGUAUACUCCUUUAGCCGACCGGCACGCCUGAUCGCCGCGUACUUUGCGUGUCUUGGAUCUGCGCUGGCGUUUAUACUCUUUGGUGGACAUGCACUAAUCAGCAACGGAAUAUCUGCAAGCAUGACCGGCAUGUUUCAGACUUUGUGCACCACUCGUGCCAGUGCACGGCUGGACGAUCUGGCGGCUAAGGGGUGCUUGGGAGGUCGAGAGAAUGUCCCGGAUGAGUUGAGGAAUUUGAAGGUCAUGUUCGGAGAAAUCCAAGGGAAGGAUGGCGUACGCAUGGCAGGGCUGGGUUCUGUGGAUGAGGUUAUUCCGUUGAAGAGGGGUUCGAUAUGA